AUGUCUGGCAGCCACGCCGUUGGAAACCGGAACAGCACUCCUGAAGCCAACACCGCAUCCUCUCUCCGACCUCCAUCCUCCCGAACGGUAGGGACCGGCCAUCACUUACGAGCCUCUGCCGACAUGGCUGCUCUCUCCGGAUCUACUCCGUCAAACCGGAUUCGCCCCUCGUCCGAUUUUUACGGGCAGUCCCAACAGGGGCAAGGACAGAACAACCAAGGAGGGGACGCUCAGGACAAGAUUGCCCAGCAGUGGAUCGCUGACAUCGAUCAAUAUGAGACAACGCUCGAGGACAUGGCCGCAGCUACGCUCGACCAGGACUUCAAGGAUGAAUUGAGCGCCAUCGAACAAUGGUUCCGCGUUUUAAGCGAAGCUGAACGAACUGCUGCACUCUAUGCCCUACUACAGCAAACGACGCAGGUCCAAAUCCGAUUCUUCAUACAGGUGUUGCAACAGAUGGGCAAGAGCCACCCUAUGUCGGGGGUUCUGUCUCCAUCCAACUUUGACAAAGAUCCGAUGUCGAAUCGCUUGAGUGACGCUAUGAACAAGCUUAACGUAGACUCAGCCCGAAACUCCAUGGCAAGGCCCGCCAGCACCGCUACGGGCAAGCGUUACUCGGGUCUCGAUCCAUCGACCAUUAACGCUAUGUUUCCUGAUGCUGCGGCAGCUAUAGCUACCGAGAAGGCAAAGUUCACACAAGAGACGGGUAAUCCGCCUUCUUCGAAUCGGAACAGCGCUGUCGGGGAUGCUCGCUCGGCGCUUGGCGCGCCCACAAUUGCAGGUCCUGCUGAGGGCCAUGAUCAGAACAGUCAGCCUCCCAAUUCUCCGUGGCAUUCGGGGGACCAAAGUACCGCUCGUCCUAAGUCCUCUGCUGGACAACCUCCGAUGGGUCAAUUUGUGCAACCUCCUCCAUCUGCUGGUCUCCGGUCCCCUGCCCGCAACUCAACAGCAACUCAACCAUCCGAGAACACAACACUGACGACUCUCUGA